UUCAGUAUACUGGACAGAUAAAUUGCCUUCGAAGACUCACAGAUUCACAGUCCCGGUCUUAACGCCACGACAGGCCGAACUUUCUCGAUCCAAAAAGAUCUACCGAGGAUUUGAAGAAAACAGAUCCUUCCCAAUGUGGCCAGUGAGUGUUGCCUCCAGACAUGCUGUGGCUUCCCCCAGGGUGAAGGAGCUGGCGCAUCCGAAACUUGUCAGCAAUGCCUGGGAAGCUGACUGGCCUGUCUACACCAGAGUGAGCAAAGGAGCCAUGACUGCCGCUGCCCGGGAACGGACCACCCAGCUGGCUAAACCAAAGAAACGGGACUUCUCGGCCAAGCAGGACGCCCCACCCACGCCUCCACGAAGCAUCACACAAUUCACCAGGACUGCCUACUUAGCCCGGCCAAAAACAGAACAUCCGUCCUAUCUCCAUGACAAACCCAUCCGGUGGGCCGUGUCUGCGGGCGCCAGGAAUGCCGUCAUGUCAGCGAGGCUCUCUGAGCUUGCCCGACCCAAGGUCCGCAAACAGAUCUUUGAGGGCUACAACCCGUACAGGAUCUCCAGUGCUGCCCUGCACACAGAGGCGAGUGCCCGUCUGCAGGAACUUAGUAUCCCUCAAAGAGUAAGAAAAAAGAGGUAGUACGUUUUUGGGCUCCCCUGCAUUGGCUUUGACUGCCUUCGCUUGCACAUUAAACGUUCUGCAGCAUAGCUUGGCCUGGUGCCUUGUGUGUUCAGGAUCCAUGGCGGUAGGUAGCUGGAGGCUGGAAGUUGCUGCGUGUGCUGACUGUGAUGACCAUCUCUCGCACGCUGGGGAAGGGAAUUGUUGGGUGGGAAGUCCCCCACUGUCCCCCACACACACAAGCACAGACGCUCUGAGAAUGCCAGCCCAGCUAUUGGCUUUGCAGUUGUUAGGGGGCUUAUUCCUUCACCCACUUACUUCCCUGGUCCUUCUCGCAUGAACAGAGAGCAACAAUA